GGCCUAACUUCUAAACCAUUUGUUUGGCAUAACUCCGUAAUAAUGGAACGUUGGCAGAAUAAAGUAGCUGUAGUAACCGGUGCUAGUAGUGGAAUUGGCGAAGUCAUUGCCAAGGAUCUAGCUGCCGCAGGACUUCGUGUUGUAGCACUGGGUCGUCGGUUAGAACGUUUAAAUGAAAACCGCUCCAAACUUCCAGCAGACCAACAAAAGCGGUACUUUACCCACAAGUGUGAUGUUACCAGCGAGGCAGAUGUCAAGACAGCCUUCAAUUGGAUUGAGAAAACUCUCGGCGGUACUGAUAUCCUGGUCAACAAUGCUGGUGUCAGUGGACGUGGUGGUGGAAAUCUUGUUACAAUGGAAGCAGCAUGGAUGGACAAAAUUUUGCAUACAAAUGUCAAGGGUUUAGUUUACUGUACUCAAGCAGCCGUGAAGAGUAUGCAAGCAAGGAAGUUCGAUGGACAUAUUGUUCAUAUCAAUAGUAUUGCUGGACAUUGUAUUCCUAAUGUCCAACCUGGUACUAGCUUCAAUAUGUAUCCGCCAUCGAAGUUUUGUGUGACUGCAAUCAAUGAGACAAUUCGGUGUGAAUUAAGGGAUUUGGGAACCAAAAUCAAGACAACUAGCGUCAGUCCAGGUCUUGUUCGGACAGAACUUGCCCCCAAGGAAGUUUACGAUACAAUUGGAAUCUAUCUAAAUCCUGAAGAUAUAUCACAAGCUGUUAUGUUUGUCAUUUCUACUCCCCCACAUGUUCAAAUUCAUGAGAUUACUGUGAAGCCGAUUGGAGAAACUUUUUAAGAUUUUACAUUAAAAAAAAUAAGUAAUUGUAAUUCUAAUGAAUUGAUUUAAGGAAUAUAAAGUAUGAAAAUGUUUUUCUUUACAAACU